GUUUUCAGAGCCAAGCAUAAUAAAAAGAUGUAGUAAUCAUCUUCCACUUCAAUUUUCUUUUUCUUUUUCUGGUUUGUUUGUUUGUUUGGACAAACGGAUUAAUUCGUCGACAAGAAAAUUUUCUGUGUUUCUCUGGUUGGUUUCUGGUGCAACAAUGGCCGCCGGAGAAGAGAAGAGCAAUGAUUUUUAUGCCGUUCUAGGGUUGAAAAAGGAAUGCACCGCCUCCGAGCUCAGAAAUGCGUACAAGAGGCUUGCCCUGAUGUGGCACCCAGAUCGUUGCUCCUCGUCGGGAAACUCGAAAUUCGUGGAAGAAGCGAAGAAGAAAUUUCAGGCCAUACAAGAAGCCUAUUCAGUUCUCUCUGAUGCGAAUAAAAGGUUUCUGUACGACGUUGGAGCCUACGACAGCGAUGAUGACGAAAACGGAAUGGGGGAUUUUUUGAAUGAGAUGGCGGUUAUGAUGAGCCAAACCAAGUCCAAUGAAAAUGGGAAGGAGAGCUUUGAGGAGUUGCAGGAGCUCUUUGAGGAUAUGUUCCAAAGGGAUGUCGACGCAUUCAACUCUGCCUCUCAUCACCCCAUGAACUCUUUCCCCAGUUCUACUUCCACUCCUUCCUACUGCGAAAGCUCCAAUGCCAACAACAAGCGGAAUUCGGGCGAUAUGGGCUCUGGAAGGAUGAUGAGUGCAGGGGAGUCCUCUGCUUUUGAUUCCCACUUUCAGAGCUUCUGCUUUGGGGCGGCACGCCAGGGAGAUUUCAGGAGGGGGAAAGGAGCAAGAGGAGGAAUUCCAGGAGGAGCCAACGGUAGACGAAGAAGAACGGGUAGAAAGCAAAAGGUUUCAUCUGGCCAUGAUGUCUCCUCCAAUGACUACUACUCUCAUGUUUAUACUUAACUACGCAAUCAUCUAACUCCUAAUCAUAUCAUUCCAUGGCCAACCAAGCGGAAUCAGCUGGGAGAAUCACAUUGAAACAGCAGAAGCAGCAGCGAUUCUGGCCACGGCUAAUAGAGAACUAUGAAGCAGAGAGCUGCUGCUCUGGACUAGUGAUUCAACCCAGCUGCUACUUACAGCCAAUUUUGCCAUUACCCCUCUGUUCACCAUUGCCUCUGGUAUCAGCUUCCAUCUUCAAAAAAAAUGAUGCUUCCGCUUUCAGCUUUUAGCUUUUGGCUUUUUGCUUUUGGAUGUAAAUGAAUGAGAUUCUCCAUUGGGCUUUGCUUAGUAUUGUUAUUGUUUUCAUUAAUAUUUCAGAAAGAAAAGCUCCAUUCAUGUCUACAAAAAGUUGUUGACAGUGUUGAAAGUGCUUGCGAUGUAAA